AUGGCAGGAAUAAAGAAGAAGACAACUUUAAGAGACAGAAAUUCUUCCAGGAGGUCAAAUUUGGCAUCCAAGAUAUCUGAAUUCAGACAAGAACAACAAGCCACAACUCCACAAGAUUCAUAUCAUGAAAAUCCAUUAUUGAAACUUGCCAAAACCACCAAGAAAGAGAAGCAACAAACAAAAAGUGCAAAUUUUACAAAUAAAUUAUUAAAUAAAGUCACAUUUAAUAUUUCUAGUGGAAUAUCUAAAUCAUCUAACAGAAGAAGAAAGAGAAAGGAAAAAGAACAAUUAAAACCCAAGAUGGAUGAUUUGUUAAGUUCAUUACAAGAAACAAUAACAACAACAACUACCACCGAUGAUAGUAAUAAGAAUAACAAAACUACGAAUGUAUUCACAUCAAAGGAAUAUAUUAAAUCUUCAAAAGGGAAUUUGAAUAAACCAAAUCCAAUCAAAUCUACAGGGUAUAUGACUAUUAUGAAACAAGAACAUGAGAAUUUCAAUAAUGUGUUGAAGAGUUCUGAAUUCAGAGCAUCUCCUUUUGAUGCCUUGAGAAAUGCAAUUCAACAGAAUAUGAAGUAA